CCAGAGUCGGCUUUUGUUGUCGGCCCUUUACGCUCACUUGCGCCUCACAGACAUGCAGCAUCCGAUUGGAGAGGACACGCCUCAGGCUGAUGUUGAUCGACGUGCGCGUCUAUACCUGCUCAUCAUAUUCGGGGCCAUCCUAUUCCCGAACACUUCGGGUUCGCAUAUGAGCUUGAGGUAUCUUCGGUAUAUCGACGAUCUCGCCGAGAUAGGAUGUUAUAGUUGGGGCGCUGCUGUGCUGGGCUACAUGUAUCGAGGAUUCUGCCGAUGUUCUAUGGGCACGAGGGUAGAGGUCCCUGCAUUUUGCUCGCUUCUUCAGAUAUGGGUGUGGACUAGGUUGAGACCUUUUCAGCCCAUACCAGCUGACCCUCCCGCUGACUAUCUUACUGUCCCGAUGCCAUACGCGCGGAGAUGGUCGCGAGGCGUACGCCGACGUAUGGAGACGCACCACAGCCUUCUCCCGUUUAGGGAUCAGCUGGACCGCAUGACGGCACAGACGGUAUGUUCAUAUUUUGGAUUCACACGCUUGACCACAUAACUACUAUUUUAGUCUUUUGUUGUUAACUAGUUCAAUUCUUUUUACAGGCUUUUAUAUGGACGCCGUAUGAUCAUAUUUUGGAUGAGCUGCCGGCGUUUUGUAGGGCUGGUCAGCACAUGUGGAUGUCGCGGUGUCCAUUGAUACAUAUGGAUAUCGUUGAGUAUCACGCGCCCGACCGCGUGUUACGACAGUUUGGGUAUGUACAGAAUAUACCCGUGGCUACGGUUUGGGAGCAUGACCACUAUGCGAGGGACGAGCGUGCGGGCGUCGAUGAUGCAUGGCGACUCCAUAUGCAGCAGCAGGUCCAGAGUUGGGAUGUGAGGAUGGCGAGCCUAGCGGUGGUCGGACAUGACACU